AUGCAAAUGAAAGAACAUAUUCUAGAUACCCCGCCUCUAAAAAGACACGUGGUCUUCAACCCGGAAGUAGCAGCUGCGUUCCUGCAGCUUGUUGUCCCAUCGGUCAAAAUGGCUUUGAGUUCUGCUCUCAGGCACAGAUGCGGUUUCUUUGGCCUCCUCAGCCAGAUGUCCUCCAGUGUCAGUCAUGGCAGAGUCUCUACAGUACUUCUCUCUCAGAUGAGAAAUAAUUCAACCUCACCCAAGAUUAAGGUCGACUUGAACCAAAGCACAGGUGUGGCUGUGUUGUCCAUGCAAAGUCCUCCAGUCAACAGCCUGAGUUUAGACUUCCUCACAGAGCUCUGCAUCAGUCUGGAGAAGCUGGAGAUGGACAGGGCUUGUAGAGGCGUAAUUAUCACCUCUAGUCAGCCCAAAGUGUUCUCCGCUGGGCUGGACAUUCUCGAAAUGUACGGCAAGAGCCCAGAGCGCUGUGGGGAGUUCUGGAGGGCUGUGCAGGAGAUGUGGCUCAAGAUGUAUGGCUCAAACAUGGUCACUAUAGCUGCUAUCAGUGGCUCCAGUCCUGCAGGAGGCUGUCUGAUGUCCAUGACCUGUGACUACAGAAUAAUGGCGGACAAUCCUCGCUACACUAUUGGCCUUAACGAGACGCUACUUGGAAUUGUAGCCCCAUUCUGGUUUAAAGACACAAUGGUGAACACAGUGGGCCACCGCACCACAGAACUGGCCUUGGAGCUCGGCCUCCUCUACAGUCCCGAGGAGGCGCUCAAGAUCGGACUCGUGGAUCAAGUGGUGCCUCAGGAGCAGCUCCUCGCCACAGCCACAGAAACAAUGACAAAGUGGUUAGCAAUUCCAGACCAUGCCAGACAAAUUACCAAGUCCAUGAUGAGGAAGCCAACUAUAGACAAGUUAACAUCAAACAGAGAGGCUGACAUAAAGAACUUUGUGAGCUUCAUUACUAAGGACUCCAUCCAGAAGUCCCUACACAUGUAUCUGGAGAUGCUUAAGAAGCGAAAAGCCUGA